UUCAAGUAUCUUUAAUCUCCAAUACUCCCUCAUGUUGCCUCCAAAGGCUCUCUUAUUUCCCUCUUCCUUCAGUAACCACAAUAAUAUGAAUUUUGUUAGCUUCUUGAUUAUACUCAUCCUCCUCUUCCCCACACUUGCAGAUGCAGAUUGCAACCCUGAUGAGAAAGAGUCCCUCUUGUCCUUCCCAACCUCAACUGGUCUUCUACCAAAGAUUGCUGCUCAUGGGCUGGAAUCUCUUGUGAUGACAAAAGAUAUCGGGUCAUCCGGUUAUCCAUCCCUGAUAGAGCCCUUCGCGGUGUCAUCCCUUCUUCUCUUCAAAAUCUCACCUCUCUCUCUUUCCUCAACCUGUCUUGUAAUUUCCUUUCUGGUCCCAUCCCUGACGGACUUUUCUCCUCUUUCAACAACCUGCACACCAUUGACUUGAGCUAUAAUAGGCUUUCUGGACACUUACCUCACACCUGGCCUCCUACCCUUCAAGUGCUCAAUCUCUCCAGCAAUCAUUUCGAUGGGACAAUUCAAACUACCAAUCUCCAGUCGUUUCAAAGCAUGAUCACUCUUGAUGUUAGCAAUAACAGCUUCACAGGCACUAUUCCUCCUUCUGUAUGUUCCAAUUCACCGGCUUUAGUCAACCUUGAUUUUUUCUUUGAACCACUUCACUGGAAAUAUCCCCCAAGGGUUCGGUGCCUGUUCAAACCUUGUGGUUUUGAGCCUGGGUUCUAACAGACUCACAGGACAGAUCCCAACUGAUAUCAGUUGUGCUCUAUCUCUGCAACAUUUGUUAUUACAGGGAAAUUAUCUUAUGGGAAAGAUUGAUGAAAGCAUUACAAACCUCACAAACCUUAGGAGUCUUGUCUUGUCUGAUAACAUGUUGUCCGGUUCCAUCCCUCGUAAUAUCGGGAAGCUAUCAUUGUUGGAGAAAUUGGAACUUGACGCUAAUCUUCUCAAUGGAAUGCUACCUUUGUCAUUGGUGAAUUGCACGAAGCUUCAACUUCUUAUCUUGAGGUUCAACUCUUUAGGUGGCAGGCUUUCCGAUUUUGAUUUCUCCGGUUUCAGUCAACUCACCAAAGUUGACCUCAACAGAAAUCUAUUCAGCGGGGUGCUACCUAAAAGCCUUUUCUCAUGCAAAUCACUUACCGCCAUUCGGCUAGCAAGAAAUAAACUAGUGGGGGAAAUCUCACCUGACAUACUUGAACUGCCAUCACUGUCCUUUCUCUCGCUUUCAAACAAUACCUUCAAGAAUCUCAGUCAAGCAUUGAAUAUUCUUAGACGUCAUGAGAAACUCACCACUCUCCUCCUCUCUGACAAUUUCAUUAACGAAACACUACCUGCUUCAGGAAUUUCAGGGUUUCAAGAGCUUAAGGUCCUGGGACUCUGUGGUUGCAGGUUGUUUGGUCAAAUUCCAAUUUGGCUGAUGUCACUAACGAACCUUGAGCAUAUCAGCCUCGAUGGAAAUAACAUCAAUGGCAAAAUUCCUGGAUGGUUACAAUAUCUUCCAAAUCUAUUUUAUCUUGAUUUAUCUAACAAUUUACUCUCAGGAGGUUUGCCUGUAGAGCUUACUAGACUUCCAGCACUUGCAACACAUCAAGUUCUGGAUCAAGUAAAAAAUGAUAAAUUUGAAUUACCUAUGUUUAAUGUAAAUGGGUCCAAUUGGCAGUAUAAUUGUCUAGCCUCCUUCCGCCCUAUGCUGGACCUUUCUCACAAUAACCUGAGUGGAGACAUACCAAUUGAGAUUGGCAAUAUGAAGUCUAUUCAAAAACUUGAUCUGAGUAAUAACUAUUUCUCUGGCACCAUUCCGAGUUCAAUUUCAAACCUCACAAAUCUGGAAAGACUAGAGCUCUCUCACAAUCUUUUAUCUGGUGAGAUCCCAACGUCCCUUACAAGCUUGAACUUUUUGUCUUCUUUCAAUGUUGCAUACAACAAUCUGCAAGGUUCAGUACCAACCGGGCGCCAAUUUGACACCUUUUCAAACGAAAGUUACCAAGGCAAUCCACGAUUAUGUGGUCCCCCCAUGCUAAAGUCUUGUAGCAAGCGAUCAGAUCCUCCUUCUCCUCUUUAG